CAAAAAGCUGCCUGGUCUAACAUGAAGCGGCUCAGAAGCAAAAGAAAAAAGCCAGCCCACUAGAACUGGACCCAAUUGCAGCGAGCUCCAAUUCACCUUCCCCUCGUCUCUCUAAUUCGAUUUCAUACUUUUUUAUUUCCAAUUCACAGUCACGGUUUUGUAAAAUGGGCGCGUCAAAUUCCAAGCAGGAGCCCGUAGUUAUCUACGCGAACGAGGUCCCCAUUGGCCUGGUACGCGAAGCGCAGACGAAGAAGAAGCAGCCAGCGGCGCCGACCAAGUCCUCGGGUGUGCAGCUGUCGGAGAAGGAGAUCGCAGAUAAGGUGGAGCAAGGGGUAGCGCAGGAGCUGGCGCGGAUUCUGGAGCAGACGCAGCUGGCGGCAAUGCAGGCGAAGGAGCGGCAGGCGAGCACGGCGGAGCUGUUGAAUGAGAUCCGCGAUACGACGGCACUGCUGGGGGAGCGGCGGGGAGAGAAGUCGCCGACGUUCCAGAGCGCGCUGGCCAAGCGCGAUGCGGUGGCGGCGUGCCUGCGGGAGAAGGGCGGACGGACGCUGGAUUGCUGGGAGGAGGUGGGCGAGUUCAAGCAGGCCGUGGGCGAGCUGGAGCGCGAGUUUGUUGCUGGAUCCAAGUAGAUUGCAUGUUGUGUUGUUUGCGGGGCAAUAUUG